GGCGUGACGUGCUCUGUAGGUCACGUGUUCAGAUGGAAGUCACAUGGCUUUGAUGUGUUCCUCUUUAGCAUUUAGCCACUCACAUUUGUACUUUACGUCAUUUUAUGAUGGACGAAGCUGCAUUGAUAUUUGAGGUGACCCGCACACCGUGCACAUCCCAUGUCCUGCUCGCAGCCUGACCUCAGCUCGAGUUCCAGUGUCUUUGUUGUCAAACACCAUGGAUCCUCCAGCUGACACCCCGUCCCAGCCCAGCACAGACUACUCAUCAUGUAACCUUCGCUUCCAGGUUAUCGGCCUGGGCUUUGUCUUCUAUGCAGCAGUAUUCCUGCUCUCCCACAUCCUGUCUGCAGUCCUGUCUCACACCUACAACUCUCUGCGCACCAGAGAGAAAGUUUUCUGGAACCUUGCCGCCACUCGGGGCGUGUUCGGCAUCCAGAGUAUCGUCGCUGGUAUGCGGACCCUGUUGGAAGACUCUGUCUUAUCCAGAGACAGAGUGCUGGGUCAGAACAGCUGGUCUUGGUUUAAUCUCCUCACUGCCACGGGCUUCUUUUUGUUUGAAAAUGUAGCACUUCAUACCUCCAGUGUGGUGUUUCGCUCCUUCGACCUCCCGCUGGCGACGCACCAUUUCUUCGCCCUGGCAGGUUUUGGAUCGGUUGUGGUGUGGGAUUCACUGGGUCACUUUCUACCAAUGGUUACACUUCUGCUGGAGAUGAGCACACCGUUCACCUGUGUGUCCUGGAUGUUACUGAAGGCCGGCUGGGCGCGCAGCUUAUUCUGGCGAGCUAACCAGUGGGUGAUGAUCCACAUGUUCCACUGUCGGAUGGUGCUGACCUACUACAUGUGGUGGCUCAUCUGGUACCACUGGGAUGAGCUCUGGGUCCUCAUUGUCCUUCCCCAGUGCCUGCUGUUCUUCCCCGGCCUGGCUCUGCUCACGCUGGUCAUCAACCCACACUGGACACACAAAAAGACCAUGCAGCUGCUCAACCCUGUGGACUGGAACUUCGGAAACACUCCGGCGCCUUUCAACGGUCCCAUGCGGGACAAGUCUGAGGGUUCUCGCAAACGUCACACCAGCUGAAGGCCGCAGAAGGUUGCGUCAUUUCCUAUCCACACCAUUGUUUUACUUGCUUUUAAAGUUUUAACAGUUGAUGCUUUUAAAAAGUCGUAACAUUUAUAUUUAUUAUAAUUAAGGCUUUUUAUUCAUUUGGUAGCUAGACUGGAGGUGAAGUUUUUGUUUGUUUGUUUUACAUCUUUGCCUCGUGGUUUUCUCCACUUUUGUGUGUAGGGCAGAUGGUUCUUUUUGGUUGCACCAACAUUCUCCUUGAUAUGAGAGUUGCUUGAAGUGCAGGAAGACAGAUUUGUCUCACAUUAACUGAAUGUGACAUUGAUUGGUUCAGUACUAUAGGAUAUUUGUUGUUUUCUGUAUUUACUGAGUUUUGACGAAAUAUCAAAGUUUAAACAUGGAUGGAUGGAUUUUCCCAGCAGAGUUGAAACAGUUUGAUCAAUAGAAAGAUUUCAGGGUUGAAUAUAUCUCAUGUUAUUCAUUCUUUUUUUUGUGGUUGGUCCAGGUCACCUGACAGAUGAAGCAGCUCACCCACACUUCCCUAAAGUCAUUUAUACAGCAAAAACAUUGAACCUUGACAAGCUGUAGCUUGAUAAAUAUAAAAACUACACCCCAUCACUAAAUUUAAUAUAUUUUUGGGUGUGUGCAGCUGCAGGGUGAAUAAUAAAGUGGAACAUGCCACUGAUGAAAUAAAAUUAUUUUACUUUUUUUUAAUAUUAGCAAAUGUUGGAGAGAAAGAUCAGAAAGGUUACUCCGUUUAAUACCCACUGACAACAUUUGAGGGUCAUGAGGGGGUGGAGCCUCUCCCAGCAGUCAUAGGGUGAGAGGCGGGGUUACACCCUAAACAGGAAAAACUCAUUCACACCAACAGUCAGUUUAAGCGUUCAUUCACCUAACCUGCAUGUCUUUGGGAAUGGGAGCGGAACCCACACAGAAGGGACCAGGCGGGAAGCGAGCCCGCAACCUGCUGGCUGUACAGCAAUGCUAACCACUAAUCCACCUGUGCCACCUCCAGAUCAUCUUUGUUUUAAUGGUACAGUGAUACCGCUGAAGUAUUAAUAUCAAACACCAAGAGGUUUUUUUUAAUUAUUGUUAAUGUAUAAAUACUGUCAUUUUUUGAGGUGAAUAUACAGCAU